AUAAUGUCGUUUCUCCCAUCUCUCUUCUUACUUUCGAUCUUGCUCUGCUUCUGCCAUUUCAAUGGAGCUACGACUCAGUUCGAUUUCUCCACGCUCCCUAUCAGCAACCUCAAGCUCCUUGGUGACGCUCGUCUGAGCAAUGGGAUCGUUAGCCUCACGCGUGACAUAUCCGUUCCUGUCUCCGGCGUCGGAAAAGUCUUAUACUCUAGUCCCGUCAGAUUUCGACAACCCGGAACUCACUUCCCGGCGAGUUUCUCUACUUUCUUCUCCUUCUCGAUCACCAAUGUCAACCCUUCUUCCAUCGGCGGUGGUCUCGCCUUCGUGAUCUCUCCGGACGCAAAUACAAUCGGCGCCGCCGGAGGCUCGCUAGGUCUCGCCGGUCCCGGCGGGUCCGGUUCAAAAUUCGUCGCCGUUGAGUUCGAUACUUUAAUGGAUGUGGAUUUCAAGGACAUUAACAGCAACCAUGUCGGAUUCGACGUGAACGGCGUCGUUUCUUCUGUUUCCGGCGAUCUCGGCACCGUAGACAUCGACCUCAAGAGCGGAAACACCAUCAAUUCGUGGAUCGAAUACGACGGGUCGAGCCGGGUCUUCAACGUAUCGGUCUCUUACUCGAAUCUGAAACCCAAAUCUCCGAUUUUGUCUUUCCCUCUCGAUCUAGAUCGAUACGUGAACGAUUUCAUGUUCGUCGGAUUCUCCGGGUCUACUCAGGGAAGUACAGAGAUCCACAACAUUGAGUGGUGGAGCUUCGGUUCCUCAUUCGGGUCGGGUCCUGGAUCCGGAUCCGAACCUCCUCCUCCGACUGCUAAUUUAGUGAACCCGAAAGCUAAUUCGGCGAACUCUCCGCCGCCGCUAGCUUCGGAACCGUCUUCUUCCGCGGUUCCGAUAAGUUCCCAGUCGAAAACAUUGUCUUCGUCGUCGUCGUCUUGCCACAACCACCUCUGCAAAGAGAACCCGGGAGCAAUCGCCGGAGUAGUAACCGCCGGAGCUUUCUUCUUAGCACUUUUCGCCGGCGGUUUAUUCUGGGUCUACUCCAGAAAGUUCAAACGCGUCGAGAGAUCUGAUUCUUUCGCAUCGGAUAUCAUCAAAGCUCCUAAAGAAUUCAGCUACAAGGAACUCAAAGCCAGCACGAAGAGCUUCAACGAGAAUCGAAUCAUCGGACACGGAGCCUUCGGGAUUGUAUACAGAGGCGUAUUACCGGAAACCGGAGACAUCGUCGCCGUCAAGCGAUGUAGCCACAGCUCACAGGACAAGAAGAACGAGUUCAUGUCGGAAUUAUCCAUAAUCGGAAGUCUCAGACACAGAAACCUCGUCAGACUGCAAGGAUGGUGCCACGAGAAAGGCGAGAUUUUGCUAGUCUACGAUCUGAUGCCAAAUGCGCCGGAGUAUCUUCUGACGGGACGUGCCACGGAGAAGACGGAUGUUUUCAGCUACGGAGCGGUUGUUUUGGAAGUGGUCACCGGAAGAAGACCGAUCGAGAAGGACUUAAAUGUGCAGAGACAUAAUGCUGCGGUAAAUCCGAAUUUAGUAGAAUGGGUGUGGGGUUUGUAUAAAGAAGGGAAAGUUUCGGCAGCGGCUGAUUCAAGGCUUGAAGGUAAGUUUGAUGAAGGAGAGAUGUGGCGGGUAAUGGUGGUGGGCCUGGCUUGUUCUCACCCGGACCCAGCGGCUCGGCCCACUAUGAGGUCAGUGGUGCAAAUGCUGAUUGGUGAGGCUGAUGUACCGGUCGUUCCCAAAUCUAGACCCACCAUGAGUUUUAGCACUUCACAUUUGUUGCUGAGUUUGCAAGAUACUCUCUCCGAUUGCAACACGGCGGUGUUAAAUUCUAGCCGGUCGUCGUCGUGGUCAGUGCCCGAACAUAACGUUAUGAUUCGAAGCGACGAUGACCAUUUAUUCUGGAUCGUAUUCAUGGGCGCCGACGAUUUUGCCGGAAAGGCGGCUGCUGAAGCCAAAGGAUUGAACCCGGGACUAAUCGUGCUGCUUGUGGUCGGAGUUCCGCUCGUUGUGUUCCUAAUCACCAACUACGUGCUCUACGUGUAUGCUCAGAAGAACUUACCUUCAAAGAAGAAGAAGCCCGUUUCCAAAAAGAAGCUCAAGCGUGAGAAGCUGAAGCAAGGUGUCCCUGUGCCUGGAGAAUAAGUCACAGAGCUUAGUUUCACUUUUCCCUUGUGGGUUUGCUUUUUUUUCUCAUUUUGCUUCCUUUACUUCUGUCAUGAGGAUUGUCUUGAGUCCUGUAUGAUUUCACUUUGGAGAGUAAGUAGAAACCACGCACCCUCUUGUUUGGGUAGACUGUUUUGGUCUGUUUAGUUUUUCCCUUUUCACACACGUUUGAUUGGAAAGCUGUAGAGUCUCUCUUCAUCCUCUUUGCAACAGUUUCUCAUCUAUAAUGUCAUUUUGCUUCUAUUGUUUCUUGGUUUCCUUAUUCAUCAUCAUUAAUCUUGCUACCUAGAACAAUUGAGUUUUUUUCUUUCUCCAAACUGAAUAGCG